AUGUCACUUUUAUCAAAAGUUACACGCUGUAUGAGAACUAUUGCUCCUUUGGAGCUUGCAGAAACUUCUUGGAUAAUGUUGGUGUCUUGGUUGUUUUGGAAGAAAGCACUUGCUGAUCCCAAGAUUGGUACCAUCGUGUCCUAUCAUCCACCUAUUUUUAGGGCUAUGAAACGAUUAACUUUAGACGAUGUUAAACAAGAUAUUGUCUUGAAAGCUAUUGCACGUGGUGUUGGAAUUUAUUCUCCUCAUACAGCAUGUGACAAUUGUGUUAAUGGAGUCAAUGAUUGGUUAGCAAGUGGUCUUGGUAAAGGUCACUGUAAACCCAUCACACCCGCUCUAGACCCCCCUGAAGGUCAAGAAGAUUCAGGUUCAGGUCGUUUAUUUACUUUUGAUGAACCCACACAAUUAAUGACUAUAGUAGAGCGCGUCAAAAAAUUAAUUGGUUUACCCUACUUACGUUUAGCCACACUUGAAAAGGAAAGAUUAAUCAAGACAGUAGCUAUUUGUGCCGGCUCAGGUUCUUCUGUUCUUGGACCAGUUAAAGCUGAUCUUUAUUUUACAGGUGAAAUGGGACAUCAUGAUGUAUUAGCUGCUUUAGCACAAAAUACAAGUGUUAUUUUAUGUGAACAUUCAAAUACUGAACGUGGCUAUCUGUCAGCUGUAUUAAAACCUGCUUUAGAAGAACAAUUAAAGAAUGAAAAGACAACAGAAGGUGAAUCAAUAGAAGUGAUUGUUUCUAAAACAGAUAAAAUCCUCUUGAGAUUAUUUAAAUAAAUAAAUAAAUAAAUCCCCUUUUUUUUAUUUUUUUU